AUGGCCUGUUUGCCUCGCGACGUGGCUUCCAUGGGUCAAGCAGCAACUCCAAACGGCACGCUCCAUCGUGCACCCUCUGACGCCGACUCCGAGACGCAGGUUUGUGGGUACCGUAUGCCAUACCGUUAUGAGGACUGUCAUGAAAUUCCCACCGCUGUGCCUCAUGAGUAUCAUGGGCCUACAGUGCACGAACAACACAUCGACGCUCAACUUGGUCAUCCAUCCGGAGCCAUGCCACACCAGGCGUACUACGUAACCGAGCAAGGGAUCCCUGGCGUUUCCACGAUGGCAAGCUCAUUGCCUACUCAUUACCACUUAUCGCAACAAGUGGAGCCACUUGCCUUGGAGACGCCGAAGUCGGCUCCAGGAAUUUCGGCGUCGAUCCAGAGCAGCCCCAGCACCUUUUAUCCAACCUCUGUUCCUGGCCCUAUCGUCGAGGACGGCUUCUAUACGUACCAAACUGCAUACGCAACAGCGGAGUAUCAAGCGGCUACGAUUCAAUACCAUCAGCAUGCCCAGCAACACACGGUACAGCCUCAGCAGCCGGCGGUGUCGGAACCACAGCAUACACCUGAUACGACUGAACAAUACUAUCCACCAUCAGUACACCCGCAACAAGAGCAAUGGACUCACUACGACCCUUCAAUCGAAGUUACAACCAUCGGACAGCAACCCGCGCACGGGAGUGUAGCAUAUCACAACUGGACCACGCUCCCCAAACAUAAUCCUUGUUGGUAUUUUUGA